UUCAAUGUGAUGUGAUUUGUGAGUCCAAAUAAAAAAUAAAUCUUUUCAAGGUGUACUAAGGUGUAUUGAAUUUAUUGAUUUUUUGAGUAAAAUGAGUUCUUAUAAUGAAGUUUAAUUAAUAGAUUUCAUAAUCAUGGCAAAGAGAAAAACGGGAGUGAACGAUAUUAUAUAUGAGUUGGACAAUGAUGACACCGAAAGCAGUAGUGAAGAUGAAGUUAAGGAAAAUAAGAAGAAACGUUUUGAGACUAAUACCUCUUCCAAAAUGACGGCAACCCAAUCUAUUACUGAUAAAAGUAUAGUUGAUAUGACUACACUUAGUAAUUCUAUGGACGAUAGUGAUAGUAUAAUCGAAAUUGAAGACAAAAGUCAGAAUGGAGGGAAAAAUUCGAUUGUUGUUGUAGAAGACGAUAAUACCGAAGAAGAGAUAAAUAAUGAUGAGUUAGAUUGUGUUAUUUUUUCGUCUGUUGAAAAACAUGAACAACAGAGUAUUGACGGUCCUGAAACUAUUAUUUUAAAUGAAGAUAUUACUAUCGACUCUCCAGCUUCAAUUAAUGGGCCGGCGUCAAUCGGAGGUGAGAGUACUUCGCCACUGAUAUCCAUACGAUUUAAAAACAACAAGCUGGCGAAUAAGUAUAAAGAGAAGAUUAAAAUGUUUAUAAGUGGUCUAUUAUUAAGUGAUAAUGAAAAUGUUGUCACUGAAAGUGAUACAGAAUUGGACCUUGCUAUUUGGUCAGAUAAUUUAAUUACUGAUCAGCCGAAACCAAAAGAAGACAAUAUUGAUAUGAAUUUGUUUUUUGUUGAUACAAAUCCAAAAGAUGAAUCGAAUAAUGAAAUUCCACAAUAUACACAAUCUUCUAAAGUUAUUUCAAAUGAGGUAGAAAAAGAACCGGAGCCCUCAAAAGCUCUCCGAAGGGGACCAAUCUGUUUUAACUGUGAUGGAGAGCAUGUGUUAAGAGAUUGUAAAUUACCAAGAAAUAAUAACAGAAUUGCUGAAAACAGAAAGAAUUUAACCACGAAACUUGGUCGAUAUCAUGUUGAAGAUGAUCAGAAAUAUGGUCAUUUAAUACCUGGAAGGAUAUCUAGUCAGCUACGACAUGCACUAGGACUGAAAAGGAACGAGUUACCAUUACAUAUAUAUCGCAUGCGGAAGCUCGGUUAUCCUCCCGGUUGGCUGGAAGAAGCUAGAAUAUCACAUUCCGGAAUAUCAAUGUUUGACUCAGCUGGUAAGGUGAUUCUGGAUGAGGAUGAUGAAGAAGGGCAGAUAUGUGAGGCCGGCUCCAAAGAUAAGUUUGAUAUCAAGAAGAUACUUGACUUUCCUGGAUUUAAUGUACCGGCCAGCUCUAGAUAUGUUGAGCAAGGUCACAUAGUUGGUGCUCCACCAAUCUCGGAGCAAGAUAGCAAGAUGUUGAUGCUUCAGACAUUGGCACCGAAUGCAAUGAAAGCAUAUAAACGGAAAAAGUUGACAAUAUUCCCAUCUGGUACACCAAAUGACUCUCAAAUCAGUCAAACGGAGAUGGAAUUGGACAGUGGAGAUGAAGUAUCCGAGUUCCCACUAGUGCCUCCCCUACCUGACGAGGAGCCUCCUCCUCUGCCUCCGCCCCCCGACUCACCACCGCCUUCACUAGACAACACUAACCAAGAUAUAUCAAGUCAAGAAGUUCUAGGGUCACCUAAAAAUGUAGCCACCGCAACUGGAAAAGAUAAAUCAAGUCCAAACAAGUCUGAAGUUCAUAAAGAAAUAGAUGGAAAUAAAGAAAAAAUUGUCUCGGCAUCAGAAUUAAUAGAUAUUCCAAUGCCAGAUGAUGACUUUAUAAUUAUUGAUGAAGAUUUUGAAGACUAUGAGGAUAUACCAAACAACAGCGGCACUAAAAGUCCAACUUUGAAUGAUUUGGAAGAAAAGAAGAAAAAGCUAUUGGAUGCUAUUAAAGAACAAAGUCCAACAAAACUGAUAUCCCAAUUUUCAAGGGAAACUGAAAUAGUUGUUGGUGAAAAGGAAAGUGAGCAAGUUGGUAAUGAAGUCGAAAAGACUGAAUUAAACAAAAUAGAUGAGAAAUGCGAUGAAAAUGCAAACAAAUCCGUAAUUGAACUAGAAAUUCCUUCCACUGUUAGACAAGUAAGUACAAAAAUUAGUGAAACCCCUGACUUAGAAUCUGAAAGAUCUAAGACUGGUCAAUCAACAUCAAUAACUGGUAUUGCCAUUAGUGAAACUACUAACAAAGAAUCUGAACCAACUAAGACUAGUCAGUCAAAAUCAAAGACUGAUAUAGUCAUUAGUGAAACCACUAAAAUAGACUCUGAACCAACUAAAACUAGUCAGUCAACGCCAAAAACUGGUAUUGUUAAAUCUACAUUUUACGGUACACCAGUUUUGAAUGUCGCGUCCCCUUACGUUAAAUUGCCGAGUGACGAUAAGUUUGCUAAAGACAUUUGUGACGUCAUAAACUUUGAGAACUUACCAAACUCGACGGGUAAAUACAAAAAGAUAUGUAACCUACUUAAAAAGGUAAAAAGUGAAGUGGACAGGAUUCAAGAGUCAUGAAUGUAAAAUUGACCGCUUAAUGUGACCACUUAAAAAAAACUACCAAGACUUAAAAUUUGUUGUACAAUAAAUCAAUAAGUUGUUUGUAAGGCGAAAUUAUAUAUUUUUUAUUUUAUAAGGUUAGGAUAAAAGUGAACUGCCACAUACGUACUCGUUAUUUUUUGAUUAUGAAAAAAAAAAUUUACACACAUCUUGAACAGUAAUCCUUCAUAUGUACUGACAUCUAUAAAUGGACUGGUUAUAAGACGUAGUAUUUUGUGCCUAUUUGAUUUUCACCAUUUUGACGCUGAUGGUAGCGGUGAUGUGGAUUCGAACUAUUAAUAUUCUUCUUCUUCGUACUCUUCAUUACUGAAGGUCGUGCUCAUCUUGAAGUGCCUUCACUGAUGUGUCGACGAGCUGCUUCCACACCGCUCUGUCCGCUGCUUGUCUCAUGGCGGUCGGAAUGUUGAGUCCCAAUAUUGUCUGGACUUGGUCAGACCAACGGAUAGGCGAUCGUCGCCUUGCUCUUUUACCCUCGACUUUCCCUACCACAACCAGUUUGUCCAGAUUGUCUGGUUGCCUCCGGGCAAUAUGACCAAAGUAACUGAGGACUCGCCGGUAGCAGGUAGUGGAUAGGCGCGUGCUCUUUAGUUGACGGAGAAUGGAUUUGUUGGUUCUUUUUGCAGUCCAUGGUAUGCGCAACAUUCUCCGCCAACAACACAUUUCAAAAGCAUCGAUUUUCUUUCGGUCGGCUGCUCGAAUUGACCAUGAUUCUGAUCCGUACAAAAAUAUCGAGAAGACUAAAGCACGCACUAGCCUGGUUUUAGUGGCGUUUGACACAUUUCUGUUUUGCCAUAUCCUGGUCAGCUUGCUCAUUGCUGCUUUAGCCAUCUGUGUACGUCUUCGAAUUUCCCCAUCGCAUCCGCCCUUGUUACUUAUCAAAGACUAUUAAUAUAUAAAGCUAUUAACUGACACGUCACAUCAACGCGUUUAAAUCGGAACGCAGCAAAGGCUGUCAUUUCCAAACGAUCACCUGUCCAUUUAUAGAGGUCAGUGUUCAUAUGUUAGUCGAUAUGUUAUUUUUUGCAUGCAUCACAAGCAUAUUUUACAACUGUAUAUAUUUUCUCUAUACAUAAAGAUUAUGCUCAAUAUUUAAUACACUAACUAGACGAUAGGUGGAUCCUAU